GCAAAAGCUUUCAAGGGAGAAUCGGAUCUCGAAUGCUGAGAUUCAAAGAAGGGAAAAGUACUCUGGAUAUUCUAUCUGCGUUUGAUAUCAAAGGAGGUGUUUUCCCUCGUCCUCGUGUCUCGGCGCAAGCGUGAAGUGCACCAUAGAACUCAAAUCAAUGUAAGUGCUGGUCAUUGAGACUCGAGUCUUCGUGCUUUGACACACUCGGCCGGACGACUCAUGCGUAUCUCUUCGUAUUUCUUCGUGUCUCAGGCAUCUCAUUGUGCUUCCAUGUCUCGCUCACGAAUUGUCUCGCGCGCAAUCAUUGCUCUUUGUCCUUCCACGAGAGCAAGCAAGCUAUCAAACAUCCCUCUGCCUUUUCAUCUGUCCAGAUCAGACAUAAAUUCGAUCCUUGCCGGCGAUCAGCAAUCUCGAUAUUUCGACAUGCAGAGAUUGAGCCUGCGUCUGUCGAGGAUGGAAGCUGGACAGGCACGCAUACCGAUCUACACUCGUCAACUUCUCCAAUGGGAGUUCACCAACGUAAGUCAAAAAUUAUCCCCUUCUUACUCGUCCAAACGGGAAUUCAACUCUCGUACUCCCUGGCACGGGUCCUGAUGUGGAUAUCAAAAUGUAAGAUAAUCUUGGUGAUCGGGCAAAUGUCCACUGAGAGCAAGCAUGCCUUUGUUCUCUCUUUGGUCGUUCACAUCAAUAUCAAGACCAUCCUGCCUUUUGAUGUG